GCAGUCACCUGUGUGAAUGCAAAGAAGUAGCUUAAGGUAACCUAGUAUAGCCUGGGACUGCUGCUGUAACAAUAAAGAAUCCAACACAAGGAAACUCAAAGGGACAACCGCCUUGAGUCUGAGCUGACACAGGAAGAAACGGGCAACAAACUCAAAGAGCUUGAAAUUACCUUCUAAUAGCAUCUGAGGAGAGUCAAGGGCAUAUUGUCAUUUUGUCCAGCAUUUUUAAUCUGCAAUACAAAACUUUUAAAACGCUCCUUUGAGAACCGGCUGGUCAGAAUGUCAACGAAUGGAAUUAGUAUGGCUCUGAAGCUCCAGUUCGGACUUAUUAAUUAUGAAAAUCGUUACCUCACGGCAGAGGCAUUUGGGUUCAAGGUGAAUGCAUCUGGAACCAGCCUGAAGAAGAAACAGAUUUGGACCCUGGAGCAAGACCAGGACAGUCAGGUGGUUUUCUUGCGCAGUCACCUCGGACGUUAUCUGGCCACAGAUAAAGAUGGCAAGGUGAGUUGUGAGGAGGAAGUGCCAAACACAUCCUGCCGUUUUUUGCUUGUGACGCAGUCAGAUGGACGCUGGGCACUGCAGUCUGAACCAUAUUCACGUUAUUUUGGAGGCUCUGCAGAAUAUCUGUCCUGUUUUGCCCAGACCAUUGGAGAAUCUGAACAGUGGGCCAUGCAUCUUGCCCUUCACCCACAGGCCAACCUGCUAAGUGUAUCCCGCAAGCGCUACGCACGCUUGUCCACCGCAGAUGGCGAGGUCUGCAUGGACAGCGACAUCCCCUGGGGUGUGGACUCCCUGAUCACUUUGGUCUAUCUGGAUGGGAAGUACAGUCUGAAGACCUGUGACAACCGCUUUCUCAGCAAUGAUGGUAAGCUGGUAAAGGAGCAUGGGCCUAACACUAGUUUCACCCUGGAACUCAAGUCUGGCAAGCUGGCCUUUAAGGACUGUGAGGGCAAGUUUCUCUCACCAACGGGCCCCACGGGCACCCUGAAGUCUGGCCGCUGUUCAAGGCCAGGGAAAGAUGAGCUGUUUGAUCUGGAAGAGAGCCACCCACAAGUUGUUUUCCAGGCAGCCAACAAAAGAUAUGUGUCUAUUCGUCAAGGUGUUAGUGUCUCAGCUAAUCAGGAUGAUGAGACAGACAUGGAGACGUUUCAGAUGGAGAUUGAUAAAGACGCUAAGAAGUGCAUGUUCAGAACCAAUGGUGGAAAUUACUGGACACUCGUUACUCACGGAGGGAUUCUCUCCACGGCCACAGAAGUAGAAGAAAGCACCAUGUUUGACAUUGAAUGGCUGGGCAGGCGAGUUGCUUUGAAAGCAAACAACGGAAAAUAUGUCUGCACAAAGAAAAAUGGACAGCUCGCAGCUGUGAGUGAUUCUUUGGGGGAGGAUGAGCAGUUUGUGCUAAAGCUGAUUAAUCGUCCAAUCCUGGUCUUGCGUGGAGAGAACGGCUUUGUGUGUCACCACAAAUCCUCCAAUACACUGGACUGCAGCCGCUCUGUUUAUGACAUCUUCUCGCUGCUUUUUAGCGAUGGUGCAUACCACAUAAAAAGUGGAAAUGAAAAGUUCUGGUAUGUCUCCAGCAGUGGUCUGGUGUGCACAGAUGGAGACAAACCUGAGGAUUUCUUCUUUGAGUUUGCAGAGUAUGGACGGGUUGGCAUCAAGGGUCAAAAUGACAAGUACCUGCGUGGAGACCAGGGAGGCACGCUAAUGGGUGAUGGGCUCAGUGUGGAUGCCUCGUCCCUGUGGGAGCACUGAAUGCUUUACCAGAAACCACAGAGGCACAAAUACAGACCUCUGACAACUGUUCAACUAAUGACUUUUCAGCAAUAUGUUCUUCAUUGACUUUCCUUUUUUAAUCUUUGUUGUUUUUGUGAGUAUGUGAAAUAUCUGUGGUUUUAUUUGUUUCUAAUACUGUAGAUAUUAUUAUCAUCCUUUGCUUUAUAGGAUACAAUACAACCUUACUUUACUUAGACAGUUUUUAAAACAGUUAUAAGAACAGUUGGUUAUUGAGGCUGUUAUACUGUUCUAUUGAAAGGUGCACUACUUGAUGUAAAGAUCUUAGCAUCUUAUGAAAUGAAUGGUACUUUUGAUAAAUAUGCCUACAGCAGCAAGCGUCCCUGGACUCAACAAGUUGGAAACAUUGGUUUAACGGUCCUGCCCUAUCAUCAAACACCUUCUUUUGUCAAAUAGCAAUAACUUUUGGUCAUGUCAGGCACUGACACUUUUAAAUCCCUAAACUUAUGACAGGCCUAGGUUCUCAAAUAUUUAGCAAAAUGUCUACUAUGGUGAAUGUUUUGAGGUGUGUUUC